GAGUUGAUGACGUCGGCACCGGCAAAUCCAGUGAUUUACACAGCAGACGCCCACCGCUAAAGUACGGAUUUGUAAUCCUUGAUCAUCGAAUUGAAUUUUGUGUAUUUCGUUUCACUUUUUCUUCAAAAAUACAAGAUUUUGCAUAAGCCACCAUCAUGCAGUCGGCUAUGUGGAAGAUCCGUGAAUUAACGGACAAAGUGACCAAUGUGGUAAUGAACUACAGUGAGGUGGAGUCCAAGGUCCGUGAAGCGACAAAUGACGAAGCAUGGGGUCCGCACGGUUCUCUCAUGUCAGAGAUCGCCAGAGAGACAUUCACAUACGAGCAUUUUCCCGAAGUUGUAGGGAUGCUGUGGAAAAGAAUGCUCUAUGACAAUAAGAAAAGUUGGAGGAGAGUUUAUAAGUCAUUACUACUUCUUCAGUAUCUUAUAUUGAAUGGAUCAGAGCGAGUAGUGACCAGUGCAAGGGAACAUCUGUACGAUCUCAAAGGACUAGAAUCCUACUCAUUCGCAGAUGAAUUUAACAGGGACCAAGGAUUGAAUGUAAGACAAAAAGUAAAGGAUAUAAUCCAGCUCAUUCAGGAUGACGAUAUCCUCCGAACUAAGAGAAAAGCAGCAAGGAAAUCCAAGGACAAAUAUACUGGGAUUGAAGGUUCAUAUUCAAGCCCAUCAUCAGAUUACAGUGAUCGAUACGACCGACAGCCCAAGUCUAACUGGCUGAGGAAUAAAGAAAACGACAAAGAAUUAGAUGAUGAAUGGAACAAGAAAACUGACAGAGGGAGACAGAUGGGGAGACGAGGGGAAGACUCAGAUGAAUCCCCGGCAGAAUAUGUAGAUGAAGACUCUGAUGACUCCUCAACAAGGCAGCAACCGCCAAAGAAUUCUAGGUUUGAAUUCCACGAUGAAGAGGAGAAGGAGGAAAGGAUAACAUCGACAACGACGACAGAGAGGAGAACGAAGAUGACCAAAAAGCGAUCAGGGAAGAGGUUAGAUCUAGGGGCUGCAGCAUCAUAUGCAGCAGAAGCAACAGAAGAUUCCGUUCCUAAUACACAGAAUUCCUCAAAUGACUUAGUACCCGACCUUUUCGAUUCCGGCAUUACCGUCUCGGCAGCCCCCAUCACAAAUUCCGCUGCACCGUCAUCCCCACGCUCAGGUCAGUUUGCAGAUUUCUCAUCAGCAGCAGCGAACGAAAGCUUUGGGGACUUCAACCCCAGAGGUGACACUCCCAGUGCCAAGCCAGCUGCAGCAGCAAGCACUGAUUUUGCUGAUUUCUCAAGUUUCAAGAGCACUCCAGCUUCAGCUGCACAACCAAGUGCCGAUUCAUCGUUCGGUGACUUCCAGAAAGUCCAGGUAUCGCAGACCGUGACCCAACAGACCCAGAGCACAACUACACUACAGAGCAACCUCAGUCUCCUCAGCCUGGAUGCGCCGUUACAACCAUCGUCAGGCAGCAGCGUCAUGCAGCCACAACAGCCGAUGAUGAUGCCCCAGCAGCCACUCAUGACGGCCCAGCAACCAACGCAGCAACCCAUGAUGCAGCCACAACUCACCAACAUGGGCAUGUUGCAACCACAGCAGUCGUUAGACUCGGAUGUGCAGCAGCCGAAUAUACCGGACGCACAAGUUCACUCGCAGGCACUGCCAAUGCAGCAGCCUCAGCCAAUGCCGAUGGGUGGAAUGCCUCCUGUUGCUAUGUCAGGGGGUGUAAUGCCCUCUGACCAACAAGCCCAGUAUAUGUACUAUUCAGGGAAUGCUUCAGUCAUAGGAGACAUGAGCCAUAUGGCCCCUAUGAUGGUGCAGCCCAAUAUCAUGAUGCCGAUGAACCAAGGCAUGAUGGGACAGCCGGGCAUGAUGGGACAGCCUGGAAUGAUGGGGCAACCAAACAUGAUGGCCCAGACGCCGAUGUCCUCCUCAGGUCAAUCAACACCUUCCAAGUCUAAGAUCUGGUCAGGUAGCAAGGUGAAUAUUAGUCUAGACUCCCUCAGCCCAGCAGAUAGAUAUAAGAAGCAAUCACAACCAUCCAUGAAUCAGCUUCAACAACAAACGGGUGUAGUAAUGUCACCCGGUGGGCAACCAAACUACAUGAGCAGUACAAUGUCCCCUGCCCAGCCAUCGCCCAACCCCCAGAUGGCUGGCAUGAUGGGCGGUAUGUCCCAGAUGAACCUCGGUUCCCCCAUGGGACAACCGUCAAUGCCAAGCGGUACCAUGCAGGGCAACAUGGGUGGCAUGAGACCACAGCAGCCACCCAUGAUGAUGGGACAGGCACCGAUGGGCAUGGCCGGCGGUAUGAACCAGAUGGGCGGCGGUGGUGGCAUGGGCAUGCAAUACGGCGCCUACGGUGCCAAGUGAGUACCGGCGCCUUGAUCACUCGAACCUUGAACUGAAAAAGUACAGCACUAUCUUCCUACGUGACAUCCGUUACUGAGCCGAGGGGAGAAACCGGUGUCUUACUCUAACCCAUUGACUACUGAAUUGUGUAAUUCCCAUAGGCUUUCGUACAGGACCGACUCGGUUUCACUUGGCGAUGGGUUAAGAAUCAACACUCCCUUCAUGAUUGGAUCUGGCAUGUAGAAUGAAUGCCACAGAUGUGGUUGCUGAAACCGGAAGAUGUAGUCAGUAGUUGGACAACAUCAUACUGGUAGAACAUUGUAUAAGGUGGUAGGCAGUUGUUCAUCUUACAACACAAAUCUAGAGAGUUAUGAUGUAUUUGCAUGGCUAGAUUACAGUAAAUGCAAUUUUAAACAUGGGUAAUUUCUAAUAGAUUAUAAUAAGAAGGAAGUAGAUUGAGUUGACUACUAGGGAAUGAAUUUCAUGAUAAAUUUAAGUAAAUGUGUGAAGUCCGUAAAUUUCUGAAAGUAUCAAUUGAAUUGAGUCAAGGAAUCCCUACACCAACUCAGGAAGACGUCAUUUUGUCAAUCGUGUGAUAAAAGUAGACUGUAUUAAUCCAAAGAUAGAGCGUCAAUUUCUUAUGUCCUUGGAAAUUGAUUGCUAUGAAAUAUUUGGGGAAAGUCUUCAUGUCUCGAUGUAUGUUGUGUCUUCUGCUGGCAAUCAAAUUAAUGUGUGUAGUCGACUAGUCGGUCAGUAGUCCAAAGCUUUUUAAGUCUGGUUUUUGUCCCUGUUUAAAGGGGAUGGCCGGAUUAGUGAAAGAGAAUUCUGUUGCAAGUGUGGAAGUGUAAUGCGCUGCACAUACAGGCAUGUAAGCGUUUUUAGGUGGAUCGAUAUUUAUUCUGUGGAAUUCUGUUGAAAAGAGAUAUGAAAUCAAUAUAUAUUUUAAUUACUGAAUUCUAUGAUUCUCAUAAACAUUGGACAUAUACCACCAGCUCAUUUUAUUCAGGGGUCCUUAACACAAAGCUUAGCAAUUAUCAGAGAAUACUUUUCAACGAUUGAUUGCAUUGACUUCCAAUAUAUAAUCGAUCGUGAAAAUCAAGUGUACCAUUGUAAUCGCUAACCUUUGUGUUACAAGACCCAGGUGAAAUCACUCUUCAAUCAGUGCCUUGUUCUGUGUGAAUCACUGUGAUGUUUUUUUCUCCAGGUUGUUUGCAUGAUUACUGGCAAUUUUUUAUGAACAGAUGCCAAACAGGAUCGUUCUGCUGAAAAGAAUUAUUCCAGAAGUUCCUGUUCAGAAGACAUUUCUGGGUCCUGUUUCGUAACCACGGGUUACAAUAACAAAUACACAAUUUCUUUACCAAGUUUACUAUCAGCCAAUCAUAUUGGAUGAUUUCAGUAGCUUUUAACUGUUAUUGCAUAUUUGUUAUUAUAACAAGUUUUAUGAAACAGGGCCCCUGGACAGUGACCACUAGAAAAAGCAUGUUCUGCAAAUCUGACAUUACAGUGACUUAAAGUGUUUGGGCAUUGAAAAAAUAUGAAUCAUUGUGAAUCGUGAAGUGAAAAUGUUACUAUUGUGUCCGCUGUAGUUGAAAUUUGUAAACAUUUUAACAUAAACCUAAGAUUCAGAAAGAUGCAUGAAUAUUUUAAUUGAAAAGAUGUUUCUGAUGUGGCAGACCUUGAUUGAUUGCAAAGAAAAGAAAUGACAUUCCAUAUUUGACAAAGUUGCAAUCAUUCAUUUGGUGCCCAUGAGUAUAGUUUAGUCUUGCUUAUAAAUGGAAGUUGCAGAGAGCAAGAUAGAUACCUUCCUUCAAAUUCAGAUGGUAUAAUUUAUGGAUAAUUAGUCUUUCGAUAUUAGCAAGAAGAAGAAAAGGAGUAUUAGAGAGGGAAGGAAGAGGAUGUUCUUAAAAAUCAGUAUUGCUGUUUUAGUUGUGUGUGUGUGCAUGUGGGAAAUGUUUUUUAAGAAACGUCUUUUGUUCAGUUAUCGAUGUAGCACUUACAUAAAGGCAAAAUGCAUACUUAUCAGUAUCAAUAUGCUGAUGCCAUGCUGAUAGCUCUGAUUCCAAGUGCCAAUGUAUGUACAUGUCUGUGUACGCAAGACACUAAAGGUCAUGAUACUGUUGUUGAUAAUCUCUAUUCUGAUUUCGAAAAUGGAUCGAUCUUUCUUCUCACAUGCGACAACCUUGAACUUUCACUCCUUUAUUGCACUAAAAGAGAUGAAAUCAGUUUUUUUUUGCUGUCCUUACCUUAUUCAUAUGUUUUCUAUUUUGAAACAUUUUGAGGGUUUCUUAUCCAAGAAGCGAGGUUUAAUUGACUUAUUACAUCUCUGGCACCCUAUGCACUGUUGAAUGAUGAUGUUAAAGCGAGGACGUUAAGAUAUGUAUGGCAGGCAUAAACAUGUGAAUCAUACAACUAAACAAUUAUUGGAAUUAACAUUUAUGAAGUAUGAUGCAAUAUAUGCAUACAUAUUGAUGCCUACCUAAGAAUGCCCACUGUAAAAGAAGGUCAAACAAUCACGAAAGUCCAAGCAUUUUUCAGACCAGGGGCCCCGUAACAAAAAGCUUAGCGAUCAUCAUAAAAUAUUUUUUAACAAUUGAUUGCAUUGACUACAAUUUACAAUUGGUCCUGAAAAUCAAGCGUACAAUUAAUCGCUAACCUUUGUGACACGGAACCCAGAAUAUAAAAAACAUGCAUUAUUUGCAUCAUUUUGUCAAAUUUCACCCAAGUUGAUUGUAUUUUCGUUGUCCCAAGGGAUUAAACUUUGACAGCUUUACCUGUGUGUUUAUGGAUUGAAACUGCUUUGUACAUAAAGAACUCUUGUCUUGAUGCUUCUUGAACCAAUAUAUUAAUAGUCAGUUCUUGUAUAGCGCAUAAAACCUUAUGAAUAACGUCUCUAUGCGCUUCCAAAGGACAUGGAUAAUUAUUACCCCCGACUGUAGCUCAAGCAGCCUUCAAUCGCUCAGUGCAUUUCAAGGAAUGAAUUCCUGCCAGGUACCCAUUCAGCUCACCUGGGAUUGAGUGCAGCACAAUGUGGAUAGAUUUCGUGCUGAAGGAAACUACGCCACGGCUGGGAUUUGAUCCCAUGAUCCUCUGUUGGAGACUAAUCCACUGGGCCACAAUGCUCCAAUCCAACCGGGACUAGGAUAGUGUGGCACUGAAUGCAAGAGGUGAUCUAGGAUGCUUGCUGUUGAACUGAUCCAGGAGAUUAUCUCACAGUGUGUUCUUCCUGAAAGGUUCUCCUUGGAGAUUGUCAGAGGAAACUUGGCAAGGAAGUGAUCUUCAACUGAAGAUACUUCAGUGCUUUGUGGGAAAUUGGUUUCCAUCAAAGGGGGCCAGAUGGACAAGUACGGUUUUGAAUUCCCAGGGAGAACUAUACCCCACUGCCUAUUGCUUCAAUUGUUCGCAACGGUCUAUCAUCAUCAUCCAGCAGCUUCCAGAUGUUGCUACUGCGAACGGAAGGAAAGCGUACCUUGGGAACGUUCCACUGCAUUUGUCCCUAAAGUUACUGUGAAAUGGAUCGAAGAGCUUAAUCAAAUUUUCUUGAUACCUUGAAAACCUAUAGUACAACCUUAGAUUCUUCUUGAUGUAUUGUUUUAUUGAUGUGUCAUGAUAUCAUUCUUUUAUCUCCCUACCACGUAAAGAUUUUGUCUCUUCGGAGGAGAUUUAUGUUUUAUGUAGUUUCCGUGGAGAUAAAACUUGAAUGAGAUGAAUAAGUGUAUUUUGAUCGGAAGCAGAUGUGGGAGGGAGAAUUCAGAAAGCAAGUUUGGGCGAGGGGCCAGAUUUAUAGCAAAUGUGUACAGAAAUGCGGACACUUUGUACAUAGGAAUCUUGAAAGGUGAACAUUUAUUUCAGAGAAGGAUGAAGAAAAGGAAUCCAUGGAUGGUUGUAGUGGUGGUGGUGAUGAGGAGGAGGUGGGAGCUGAAGUCAUCUUUAAGAAAUUGGGGUGUUGAUACCACUUCAUUAUUUAAGAUUAAUAAGAUAAAUGCAUGUUUCCCGCUGCCAUCCUCGUUUUCCAAAAUUAUAAUUUUGAUUGGUGACCUGCCUUUCUGUUCUACUGCCCAUAUAUACAUCUUGCUUGAAGCAUCCUACAGUCAUAAUUGUGGAAAUAUAGGCUAUCAGUGGCAGAUCCAGCCAGGAGGGGGGGGACAAGGAAUGUGUGCCCCCCCCCUCUAUGUUUUGAUAAUCAUCCAUUGAAAAUUCAUAUUAAUAGAUGUAAACAAUUGUCAUUUGCGCCUCCUUUAUUUUAUAAUUUCCUUUUUGUGCCCCCUCUAAUUUUAGAUCUUUAUCUGCCACAGGUUAUAUGGAGGUGAAAUGAAGUGUACUGCUUAUGUAAUCCCCUACCCAAUCCAUGUACUUGCAGGCGUAACUUGAAAUGUUGUAGAAUGUUAAAAGUGGGUUAAGAGAUUCAUUUAAUUUGGACAAAAUGAGAAUGAUACUGAAAUGCCCAUUGCUAAUGCUGCAUAUAUCAGUAUUUAAA